ACUUAAUUGUCAUUUUUGACUAUGGGAAGUUAUUUUAAAUCUACAUAUGAAUACACUAAAUCACGUAAAAAUUUUGGUAAACAACCGCUAUUUCAAAACGUGUCAGCACAUAUAUUGGACUCAAUCAACCCUGAUUAUGAACUGCAGAAACAGUACAUUCUUCGCAAUCCUGUGCAUCGAGAAGUACAAGCUACAUCACCACAAAUGGAGCACGAAAGUAACACAAAGCAAGUAAUCAAGCACGAGCAAGGUAUAAAUCAUACCGAAGGCGGUUGGCCUCGUGAUGUUCAUCUAUAUAACGAAGAACACAUAUUACGACAUCGUCGUCGCAUACAACACGAAGAAAACUAUGUCCAUUCAGUCUUAAACUUAAGACACUCUAUGGAGCAUUUUAUCGAUCAAAAUAACGCAAUUGAUAUGUAUCAGGCAUAUUAUUCUGAUAUGGAACCUCAAGCUCCAGUAGAGGAAUAUAAAGUUCAAAUUGCUAACGUUUUCCGCGAUCCUUUUCUUCGACCUAUUUCAAGCAUUGUGUGGACGAAUGACAAAAAGUCUAAAGUUAUAGCAUCUUACUGCUAUAAGACAUAUUCAAUAGAACCAGAUAUAAAUCAAAAUAACAUUUGUUAUGUAUGGGAUGUCAAUAGACAAACUACACCGAUAUACGAGUUUUCUCCUAAUACUACUUGCUGGCAAGUCGUAAGUUCACCUGUAGAGUCAGAUGUAAUAGUCGCAGGACUCAGUAUUGGCACAAUCAAUAUUUUUGAUAUCCGGUCGGGACCUAAACCUAUAACCAGCAGUUCCAUAUAUCAUUCUCAUUUGGGGCCCAUAACUGCGUUGCUUUACACGCAUUCACGCACAAAUACAGAAUUUUUCACUGGUUCUCUUGAUGGACAGUGCUUGUGGUGGGACAGAAGAAACAUUUCUAAUCCAAUAGAUCAGCUUUCAAUGUCGGUUAGAUACCCAGCUGAUGAAGAGCCGAAUUUAACUAACUCUGAAGGAAUAAGUAGCCUUCAAUUUGACAAGGGAUUACCCACUAAAUUCUUAUGCGGUACCGAAUCGGGAUUGGUCAUAAAUGCGAAUCGUAUGGGACGAAGUCAUUCGGAGAUAUUAACAUCAUAUUGGGUGGCUCAUACGGGGCCGGUAAGAUCAGUACACCGUAGUCCGUGCACUCUAAGAAUGUUUAUAACAUGUGGAGAUUGGAACGUUAAAGUUUGGAGUGAAGAAGUUCGGUCAGCUCCUAUUAUUGUUACAAAACCUUACCAACAUCAAAUCACUGAUGUUUCUUGGGCGCCACUUCGAUACUCUUGUUAUAUGGUUGUAGCGGCUGACGGUGUAUUUAAUUACUGGGAUCUUCUUAGAAAAUAUAAACAGCCGGUAGCCUCUCUUAAUAUAUCAGAUCAUGGCCUUACUAAGGUAGCACCUCAUCCAGAGGGCGAGUCGAUAGCCGUUGGUGACAAUUAUGGAUCAUUAUUUUUGUUGCAUUUAUCUGAUAAUAUGAUUUAUCCAGGCGUCAAUGAUAAACAAUUAAUGCAUCAAAUAUACGAACGUGAAACAAGAAGGGAACAUAUUUUAGAUGCACGCUUGAGAGAAAUACGAUUAAAGGCGCGUAUGGAACAGGAACCCUCAAUUAUAUUUCCUGAAGAAACUACGGAUACUGAAAAUCUUGAAGCAGAAGAGGAACUUUAUUUUAAGAUUGUAAAGGAAGAGAUAAGUAUUACGGAUGGAGUAUUUCCCACGGCAAACUUCUCUGCCAUUUAAU